GUCGUUUUUUUCUUGUAGUCAGGUCGUUAGUUUUUUGUAGUUGUAGGUCUGUUGUUGCAUUUUAAAAAUGGAUAGUUCGUUAACAAAUUUUGAACUAACGGAUAGCACCAUUAAAGUGAAUUCAGAUUCCGAACAUGGCUCUGAUAAAAGCGAAACUCUUGAAAUCCUGAGUAUCGGUGAGACGGAUCAGUCAUCAACUAAUGGUGCUAAAACUGAUGAGGAGUUUGACAAUAACUUACCAGAAACUGUUACUUUGCUAAAACAUGAAGCAACAGGUGCCAAAGUUUAUCUUGUUGGAACGGCCCACUUUAGCAACGAAUCAAAAGAAGAUGUGAUUAAAGUGAUUCAAAAUGUUUUCCCCCAUGUUGUUGUUUUAGAAUUGUGUGCUUCACGCACAAAUAUUCUCUCUUUAGAUGAAAAAACUAUUUUAGAAGAGGCCAAAAAUGUUGACUUUCGAAAAGUUGUUGCCAAUAUUAAGUCCAAUGGCCUUUAUAAUGGGAUCAUGUAUAUAUUGUUACUCAAUAUGAGUGCUCAUAUUACAAAAGAAUUGGGAAUGGCCCCUGGAGGUGAAUUUAGAGCAGCUUAUCGAGAAGCUGAAAAACUUCAAAAUUGUGAAGUACUUCUAGGGGAUCGUCCACUUAGCAUCACAGUUCAGAGAGCACUUGCCAAAUUAACUUGGUGUCAAACUUUUAAACUGGCAUGGCAUUUAUUAACUUCCAAGGAAAAAGUGAGUGUGGAAGAUAUAGAGAAGUGUAAGAAACGUGAUAUGCUGGAGCAGUUAUUGACUGAGUUAGCUGGAGAAUAUCCAGCUUUUCGAGAUGUAUUUCUAAAUGAAAGAGACAUAUAUUUAACUCACUCUCUCCAGGCUGCAGCUAUAACAGCACAUAAGAAAAUUAAAGCAAAAGAAGCUCUUGGCGGAAAUGGUGAUGCAAGUGAAUCUGUCAGAGUUGUAGGAGUAGUAGGAAUAGGCCACGUGCCUGGAAUAACGAAACUUUGGCCUAAAGACCAAAAACCUUAUAUUGCUGAAAUUCUAAAAAUUCCACCAGCGUCACUUACCUCGAAGGUGGUGAGAAUGAGUUUCCGAAUUACAUUGUUGACUCUUGGAGGUUAUUUGGUGUAUCGAUUUGUUCCUGUUCCUAAAAUGCUCAAGGAAAAUGCUCAACCGUUUAUCCACAAUCUGCUGGCCAGCGUCACUAGUGCCAAGGCAAGCUCUGACUUUAAAUACGUUUUGCAUUAACUUAAUAAUGGUUUAGCACUUUAAAAGUAAAUAACCUUGGCUUUUAGUUUAAUAAUUUUGAAGCAGCUCUCGUUAUAUUUUUGUAAAUUUUAAAGCUGUUAUUUUUUUUAUCUAAGUCAUACAUUCCAGUUGUUAAGGAGGAUAAGUAAGUAAAUGAUAUCUAAAACAUUUUGUAAUUAAAUUAAUAUAUUUCUAUAAACAAUUAUUGUAUCAAACAAUCAAUACAUUAUUUGGAAGACUUUUUGGCAGGAUUUUUUAAGUACUUGGAUACAGUAAUUUUUGAAAUUAUUUUGUACUCACUGCCAGUUUGAGAAAAAUUAAGCUUUAACGUCACCUGCACAGCGAAAACCUAAGUUUCCAGCUGAACUAUCUUUUGUGUUGAACGAUCUGGCUGCACAUCUGUAUCUCCAACAGUAUGAUUCAUGGCAAAGAUAAGAACCUCCUUUCUUUACUUUUGCGUCCUAAAAUUUUUAUUACAUAUUAUAUUUUUGUUAUAUUGGUGUAAAUAAAGUUUGGUAAAAAACUUA